UUUGGCGGAAGAAGACACGUCCUCUACGGGUGAACGAGGAGGCUGGAAUGGAAACGGAGUCGAGGGGGGCGAUACUUCGUCUAGAGCAGAGCUCCAUCAGUAGACUCAAAUCACCCAGUAGUAGGUUAUACAGCCGUUAUUCCCCUUUUCCAGCCAAGUGACUAAGUGAUAGGAGAAGGACAUCUCUGCCAUAUAUACAAUUGGAACAAUCGUUGGCUUUAUGCGGGGAAAAAUGCAACCUUCAAGACUUAAAGGAACGUGAUGGGAGAAGCAUAUAUAUAUAAUAUUUUUUUUUUACAGAAUAUUCUAACUCGACGUCCAUUGGAGGAAAGCAGUUCAUGUUUAUAGCUCUGUGCUUCGUCAUCAUUCAACGUUAGAUUUUUGUUUCAUGGACCAUUUUCUAUAUUAUUAGCCUACCAGUACAGGUCUAAUGUCUUAGUUUAGCACCUUAUUUAGCCGUAGAUAAGUCAGCUGCCUUUACAGGCACAGACUAGAUGGGAUUCAAUGGUUUAAUGUUUUUGAUGGAUUCCUUGUCCUUUAGUAUGUAAGUAGCAAGACAAUCUAAGGUAGCUGCUGGUCCGAGAAUUGUGGAUUAAUUACAUUUUUCAGCAAAACCAGACGUCUAUGGACAUUUGUUCUUCAUCGGCGAAAUGAGUGUAUGUUUAAUUAAAUCAAGCAAUGAACGGCGUCUAAAUUAAGGUCGUGUUCAGAGGGGUGAAAGGAGACGUUGAGAAAAUCCCCGACAAGGAGAAAUACAAUUUAAUUCAUAUUCUCUGGAAUUGUCGCUGUCCACCACAAGGAAAUGGAAAGCGAGGUUUUUACGCCGUUGCUGGAGCAAUUUCUGCUCACGCCUUUGGUCGCCUGGGUUAAGGCGGCUGGGCAUUCAUCUGGAAACGAUGGCACCAAACUAUCGGAAUACAUUGAAUUAGUGGAUGGCAUUUAUUUAAACGAGAUCAUGCUUGAGAUAAAUCCUAAAGCCACUGUUCAAAGAACCAACAAGAAAGUGAACAAUGACUCAACACUGCGCAUACAAAACCUCUCCAUCCUGAUCCGACAGAUCAAGUCCUAUUACCAGGAGACCCUCCAGCAGCUGGUGAUGAUGCCCCUCCCCAACGUGCUGGUGCUGGGCAGGAGCCCUCUCAGUGAGCAAGGUCUGGAGGAGAUGAGGAAGCUUUUGUUGCUGUUGCUUGGCUGUGCCGUCCAGUGUGAGAAGAAAGAGGAGUACAUCGAGAGGAUCCAGACCUUAGACUUUGACACAAAAGCUGCCAUAGCAUCUCACAUCCAAGAGGUGACCCACAACCAGGAGAAUGUUGUGGACCUGCAGUGGCUGGAUGGGGGCGAGCUGCCCCCAGAGGACCUGGACUCCUUCUCCAGGAACAUGGCCUUCCAUCUCAAACGCCUAGUGGACGAGAGAGACGACCAGCUGGAGACCAUCGUGGAGCUGACCCAGGAGAGGGACUGUGGACAGUACUCUCCCCAGCCGUUCUGUGCCCAGUCGCCCAACGACUCGCCCAGCAUGCGCCGCACAGAGAGCCGGCAGCACCUGUCUGUGGAGCUGGCCGACGCCAAGGCCAAGAUCAGACGUCUGCGCCAGGAGCUGGAGGAGAAGAGUGAGCAGCUGCUGGACUGCAGACAGGAACUGGACAUCAUGGAGACUGAGAAUAAGAGGGUUCAGCAAGAGAGCCUGCAGUUGUUGUCGGACGCCCGUUCUGCCAGGGCAUAUCGUGACGAGCUGGACGCUCUGAGGGAGAAGGCCGUCAGAGUGGACAAGCUGGAGAGUGAAGUGGGACGCUACAAGGAGAGGCUCUACGAUAUUGAGUUCUACAAAGCCAGAGUAGAGGAGCUGAAGGAGGACAACCAGGUUCUGCUGGAGACCAAGGCCAUGCUAGAGGACCAGCUGGAAGGAACCAGGGCUCGCUCUGACAAACUCCACGAGCUGGAGAAAGAGAGCCUGCAGCUCAAAUCCAAGAUCCACGACAUGGAAAUGGACCGGGACAUGGACAGGAAGCGUAUUGAGGAGCUGCUAGAGGAGAACCUGGUCCUGGAGAUGGCCCAGAAACAGAGCAUGGAUGAGUCUCUCCACCUGGGGUGGGAACUACAGCAACUCUCCAUGACCCCUGACCUGACAGAGGUGCCUCAGAAGUCCCUGGGCCACGAGGUGAAUGAGCUGACAUCCAGCCGGCUGCUGAAGCUGGAGAAGGAGAACCAGACCCUGCUGAAGACUGUGGAGGAGCUGAGGGGCUCUGCCAGCAAACACGUCCCCGCACGUCUCCUCAAGGCCGACAAGGAGAACCAGAGGCUCACCCAGAGGCUGGUGCAGCUGGAGAGUGAGCUGAACACAGAAAGGGAGAGUCUGCACAGUGCAGAGAGUCUCGGCACCGACCUGAUGAAGGAGAAGGCUCUGCUGGAGAAAACCCUGGAGACGCUGAGGGAGAAUUCUGAGAGACAGGUGAAAGGCCUGGAGCAGGAGAACGAGCAUCUGACCAAUACCGUCUCGUCGCUGAGGCAACGCUCCCAGGUGGGCCCUGAGGCGCGGGUCAAAGACGUAGAGAAGGAGAACCGCGUGCUGCACGAGUCCAUCCGGGAGACCAGCUCCAAGCUCAACAAGCUGGAGUUUGAGCGGAAGCAGCUGCGUAAGGACCUGGCGGUGUACAAGGAGAAGGGCGAGCGGGCAGAGGAGCUGGAGGUGGAGGCGCAGCGGCUGGAGAGGGAGAACGAGGCCCUGCAGAAGCGAGUAGCCAGCCUGGGCAUCACCUGUGACAAGGUGGCGUCUCUGGAGAAGGAGAAUGCAGAGCUGGAGGCAGAGGGCCGUCGUCUGAAGAAGAACGUGGAAGGCCUGCGGAGCACCUCCUUCCAGCUGGAAGCCCUGGAGAAGGAGAAUGUCCAGCUGGACGAGGAGAACCUGAAGCUCCGCAGGGCUGCAGAGGCGCUCCGCUCAGCCGGGAACAAGGCGGCUCAGCUGGAACUGGAGAACCGGGAGCUGGAGAGCGAGAGGAGCCAGCUGAAGAGAAGCCUGGAGCUGCACAAAGCCUCCUCCAGGAAGACGGAGAGGCUGGAAGUGAGCUACCAGGGCCUGGACACGGAGAACCAGCGGCUGCAGAAAUCCCUAGAGAACAGCAGCCGCAAGAUCCAGCAGCUAGAGGGGGAGCUGCAGGAUGUAGAACAGGAGAACCAGAGCCUGCAGAGGAACCUGGAGGAACUGAAGAUCUCCAGCAAACGUCUGGAGCAGCUGGAGCAGGAGAAUAAGACUCUGGAGCAGGAGAGCUCUCAGCUGGAAAAGGACAAGAAGCAGCUGGAGAAGGAAAACAAGAGACUGAGACAGCAGGCGGAGAUCAGGGACUCCAAGCUGGACGAGGACAACCUGAGGAUCAGCCACCUGGAGAAGGAGAACCGCUCGCUGGGUAAGGAGAUGACCUCCUUCAAGGACUCCUGCAACCGCCUCAAAGACCUGGAGAAGGAGAACAAAGAGCUGGUCAAACAGGCCACCAUCGAUAAGAAGACCCUGGUCACUCUGCGAGAGGAACUGGUGAGUGAGAAACUGCGGACUCAGCAGAUGAACAAUGAUCUUGAGAAACUGACCCACGAGCUGGAGAAGAUAGGCCUUAACAAGGAGAGGCUGCUGCAGGCCGAGCAGAGCUCUGACGAUGACAGGUACAAGCUGCUGGAGUUCAAGCUAGAGUCCACUCUCAAGUCUUCUCUAGAGAUCAAGGAGGAGAAGAUAGCUGCCUUGGAGGCCAGACUGCAGGAAUCCUCUAACCUCAACCAACAACUGCGCCAGGAGCUUAAAACUGUGAAGAAGAACUAUGAGGCCCUGCGACAGAGGGAGGAGGAGGAGGAGAGGAUGGUGCAGAGCUCACCCCCCAGAGGAGGGGACAGGGAGGACUCUCAGGCCGUCAACAAGUGGGAGAAGGAGAGCCACGAGACCACCCGGGAACUGCUCAAGGUCAAAGACCGCCUCAUCGAGGUGGAGAGGAACAACGCCACCCUCCAGGCAGAGAAGCAGGCCCUGCAUACCAACCUGAAGCAGCUAGAGACCCAGAGCAGUAACCUGCAGGCCCAGAUUCUGGCUCUGCAGAGACAGACUGCAUCUCUACAGGAGAACAACACCACACUACAGACCCAGAACGCCAAACUACAGGUUGAGAACUCAACGCUGAACUCCCAGAGUGGCGCUCUCAUGGCCCAGAAUGCCCAACUGGCGACGCAGCAGUCAAGUACGGAGAACGAGAAGGAGGGGGCGGUGAGGGACAGGGAAGACCUGAGGUCCACCUAUGAGAUGCUGCUAAGGGAUCAUGAGAAACUGGCUGCCUUGCAUGAGAGACAGGCCUCCGAGUACGAGGGCCUCAUCGGCAAACAUGGAGGCCUGAAGAGUGCCCACAAGAGCCUAGAGUCACAGCACAGAGACCUGGAGGACAGGUAUAACCAGCUGCUGAGGCAGAAGGAUCAGCUGGAGGAGCUGGAGAAACAGCUGAAGGCAGAGCAGGAGAAGAUGCUGUCUGAGAACAAGAGCCACGAGGCCACGGCUGCAGACUACCACAAACUGAAGGAGGAGAAUGAAAGGCUGAACAUGGCACACCGUCAGCUGGUGAAGGAUAAUGAGGGCCUGCAGGCCGACCAUAAGAACCUGAAGAGCCAGAUGAACGGUGCCAAGCUGGAACAGACCCGCAUGGAGGCAGAGUUCUCCAAACUCAAAGAGCAGUACCAACAGCUGGACAUCACCUCCACCAAGCUCACUAACCAGUGUGAGUUGCUGAGUCAGUUGAAGGGGAACCUGGAGGAGGAGAACCGUCACCUGCUGGACCAGAUCCAGACCCUGAUGCUGCAGAACCGCACCCUGCUAGAACAGACCAUGGAGAGCAAGGACCUGUUCCACGUAGAACAGAGACAGUACAUUGACAAGCUGAACGAGUUGAGGAGACAGAAGGAGAAGCUGGAGGAGAAGAUCAUGGACCAGUAUAAGUUUUACGACCCCUCACCUCCACGGAGACGGGGGAAUUGGAUCACCCUGAAGAUGAAGAAGCUGAUCAAGCCGAGGAGUCGGGAGCGGAUGCGUUCCCUGACGCUGACUCCCACACGCUCCGAGUCCAGCGAGGGCUUCCUGGGGCUUCCUCUGGACAGCCAGGACUCCUCCUCCAUAGGCUCUGGCUCCAACUCCCUGGACGACGCGCUGACACACAAGAGGAGCAGCAGGAAGAGAGACUCUCAGAGAGUGCAGCAUUCCCAUGUGCAGGGUAACCAGGGUUCCUCUAAUGCUCUGAAAAGGUUGCCCUUUAUGAGGACCAGAUCGAAGGAGAAAGACAAAGAGAAGGCCAUCUACCGCCGGUCCAUGUCUAUGAACGACUUGCUACAGACCAUGGCCCUGGCGGGGGGUCAGUGGGCAGGCAGCACAGAGAACCUGGAGGCGCCCGUCGAGACCAACGGGGGCAGCAGUACCCGGCGAAUGAAAGAGCUGGGUUCCAUGGCCUACUCCACCAACGCUAUCAACUACGCCACCCUCACCCUGCCUUCAGGCAGCAGGGCCAAGAGGAGCCUGAAGAUCAAAGACAACGCUUCCUGUGAAGAUGUCCCAGCAUCCUCAGACGACCCCAUUGGGGUCAAAGGGCAAGCCUCCAGACCCUCCAGCCUCCAUAGUAUCAAGACCAUCAGUAGUAAUAGCAAUAAUAACUCCCACUUCUCUCCACUCCAGACCAAAGGCACGUUGAACGGAAACCUCAGCAGGCCCCACAGUGAGAGCAGUGGGGAGUUCAGUCUCAGUCUGGACCAGGAGGAGUGGUCCAGCGGGAGCAGCCCUGUCCAGCACCCCCUGUCCCGCUCCUCUCACCAAAGCCCCAUGCUGCUGCGGAGGUCCCUGGACCCCCAGGCCGCCCAGGCCAGGAAGAAGACGAGCAACUCCUCGGGCAGCGCCAGUGAAGUUGUCUCUCUACAGCAGUUCCUAGAGGAGAGCACCGACCCUGCAGAGUCUGGCAGCCAAGAGAAUCUGACCGUUGAGUCUCCCCGCCUCUCUGGAGGCACUGAGCAUGUGCAGAGGGACCGGGCUGAGCGAGGCUCCACCUCCUGCACCGGCACUAAGGGGCGGGGCAUCCUGCGCUCAGCCAGUGGGAAGGCAGCGCCAGUGCACUCAGACGGCCGCCCCCCAAAGGGUGGCCAACCAGGUCGUCCCAGUCUACGGAAGGCAGAGAGUACGCGUGUGAAGGGCACGGUCCAGCCCCGGGUCGGCCUCUCCUCCCAGAGUAAAGCCAUGUCUGUGUCUGAGCGUCUGGACAUCUCCUCCACCUCCUUCUCCACGCUGCCCCGGGCCAGCAGCGUCAUCUCCACAGCUGAGGGCUCCACGCGUCGGACCAGCAUACACGACCUGCUGUCCAAAGACGCCCGGCAACCCGUGUCUGUGGACCACUCACCCUCCUCAAAGGCCUCGCCUCGCACCUCCACCACGCCCAAUGUGGAAGUGUUACAAGAGCGCAGAAAGUCAAAAAGCGGAACUGGGGAGCAACAAAGCUCCUAAACAUUAAUGAUGAGCUCAAGUGAGGAAAGUGACCUUCAAGCUGUCUGACUUUGAAGCCUUUAAAAGUCGGUCUACUGAGAUGGUCUUCAAAGAGAAAAGCUUGUAGAAAAAAACAUGAAAAUCAAUUUCAAGAAUCGUUCAAUAGAGAAAAGUAAACGUCCUCUCUUUUUUCCUUGAAUCAAGGAAACAAAACUCAUAAAGGGAAAUGUCUAAAAUGUUCAAUUUCAUAUUCAUAAUCUCCAGCAUCCACCCCAACAUCAACAUAUGUGAAAAUGGCGUGUUUAUAUGUUUUGUAGUAAAAAAUAGAGGAAGAAAUGUUUCCAAUGACAUCAUUGUUGUGCAUGGUGUGAUUUUUAACCAAUUACGAGUAGGUAUUGCUUAGUAAUUGGUUGAUGUCAUUGGAAAAGAUGAUCUUUUUUACAUAUGUUGAUGUUGGGGUGGUGCUGGAGGAGAUGAAUAUGAAGUAGAAACAUGUUGAAAUUUCCCGUUAAGACAUAGGUAACUGCCAAAAUAAAAUAAAAGCCAACAAAGUGUCUUAAUAGGGCGUUGGGCCACCUCGAGCCACCCAGAACAGCUUCAAUGCGCCGUGGCAUAGAUUCUACAAGUAUCUGGAACUCUAUUGGAGGGAUGCGAUAACCAUUCUUCCACAAGAAAUUCCAUAAUUUUGUGUUUUGUUGAUGGUGGUGGAAAACGCUGUCUCAGACGCCACUCCAGAAUCUCCCAUAAAUGUUCAAUUGGGUUGAGAUCUGGUGACUGAGACGGCCAUGACAUAUGGUUUACAUAAUUUUCAUGCUCAUCAGACCAUUCAGUGACCAAUCGUGCCCUGCGGAGGGACAUUGGGCCCAUUUGUUUCACAUGGCCCGGUGCCCCGGGUGGGUGUAGAUUUCACUUAAGGACCAAUGGGAGUACCGGGCCAUGCAAAACUACCUUGCCCAUUGUCGUCCUGGAAGAGACCACUCCCAUCAGAAUAGAAAUUCUUCACCAUAGGUUGAAGGUGAUUCUCAGAAUAGAUGUGUAUGUACUGGUGUUUACCUUGCCCUCUAAGGGGUUGAGAGGACCUAAACCAUGGCAGGAAAAUGCUCCCCACACCAUAACAGUGCUGCCAGAACCCUCAUUUAUUCAAGUUUGUCCUUUAUUUUGGCAGUUACCUGUAUGUGGUGACAAUUGUUUUUCUAAAACUACCUUUAUUUAACUAGGCAAGUCAAUUAAGAACAAUUCUUAUUUUCAAUGACAGCCUAGGAACAGUGGGUUAACUGCCUUGUUCAGGGGCAGAACGACAGAUUUUUACCUUGUCAGCUCGGGGAUUCGAUCAUGCAACCUUCCGGUUAUUAGUCCAACGCUCCAACCGCUAGGCUAACUGCUAACGUUCACUCUACACGGACCUACACUUGGUGCCAAUGUUCACGCAAAGCCAAAUGGGUGAGCUUAAACUAGACCCUGUGUGACUUUGAAUCAGCUGGACUUUUGCAGUUUGCCAUUUGAUGUUAAUGAUACUCUUUGUAAAUGAGCAUGCACAUGCAACAUCUUUCUACUGUGGAACAGCUGACGUCUACUUUCAGCAAUAUGCACCGGAAAUAAAACUGCUUGUGGACACAGAACAACAAGGUCAACCACAAUCUGCAUGGAGCAAUCAAUCAACAUGGUUUCCUUCCAAUCAGAAUGGACUGUUUUAAGUUGUGUUCCUCUGAAAUGCCAAAAUGACUAUCGCAGGAAGCCAUGCCAUCUGUUUGAUUGACAGCCAAUCCAAUCAAGAUUAAGGUUGUGUGAGCUGAAUGGCACAGCUGUGUAUGUGUACAGUGCUGUCAGAUUACUGUGUCUGUGAUGAUGACCUAGUGUCCACUUCCUUCUCCACUUUUACAUAAAUCCAUUUGAUGUAAUGAAAACUCCAGAAGACUCCUGUGUGUCAUUUCAUCUUCACUGCCCACAGCGCCAAUCUCAUAAAGGACUGUAACUAUCAAGUGUCAUCUAUUCUUCGUCAGAUGAAUAAUUUGCAAUCUAAUCACCAACUGAAGUUGUUGGGAUAUUGGAUGAAAGUAAUGUCAUGAUUUCUACAUACAAAUUGAUGUAAUGCCCCUUUAAAUAUUAUAUAUGACACUUUAGGGGGGGAUAGGCCUGCACUGUUUAUUCUGCUAUAUUGAAAAUGUUUCGAUCCGAACCGGAUCUUUGUCAGGGCAGUGAAUUGGGAGCAUAUACAGUGUGCAGACCUUCCUGUUCCAGCACCUAAAUGAAGGGUGUGCACAGCGUAUAAUCCCAGACGAUUUGAGUGGAGCAUCAAUCUUCCAUCAUCUGCUUUAUUACACUGCAGUAUUUAGUAUCAAAACAGUGCAAAUGACUAGAUCUCGCAGAGGGAGAUACAAUACAAACACCAUAACUCACUACUACAUUGUCUUUCAACCAUGUACAUAUAACCAACUAUCUACUGGUCUCUUGCCCAUAGAAAACAAGGUCUCUCCAUCCCUUAUUCUGUCCCAAAUGUUUGCCUAUUUUUUUUAUUUUUUUUACAAUAAUGGAAAUUUCUUGAUAACCCCAAGUAAAAGCACAAAGGUAAAUAACUUUUAAAUAAAUCAUUGUACCAAGCCAAAGCACAGUCUGACAGGAUAGUAAGUAUGUUAAUUUCAAGGUAUUUACUAGUCAAAGCUCUGAAGAACUGGUUCAUGUCCUGUCUCCUUUAAAAACUUCAAGAGAUCCUCUGGCUUUAGUCCCAUAGAGACAGCAUUGGUCAUGGGAUGGAAGUAAACUCGCUCAUGGCCUCCGUUGACCAGGUCGCUGUCCAGGACAAACUUGAC